CUACACUUCAGCGUGUUACCGCGUUCGCCCACGGAACUUUUGACUGGCGUGCUCUGGCCCAUAGAGGAAAACUCCGGAAGGGACCUGUCGGGACGAUUUGGAAAGAGGAAAGGAAGAGUAUGAAUGAGGAACCAUGGCAGCUAUGGUUGCUGUUUGCGCUGGUCUAGGGAGGAAAAAAUUGACAAACUCGGUAGCGACUGCUGUCUGCCUCAAGGAUCCCGGGAGUCACGCGGUGCUGUGGAGAAGAGGUUGUUCACAAUAUAAACAGAUAACCAGCAAUGAGGACCUGCCCGUUCCAAUGGAAAAUCCUUAUAAGGAGCCUCUCAAGAAAUGUGUCUUGUGUGGAAAACGUGUAGAUUAUAAGAACGUGCAGGUCUUUGUGGGAAGAAACAGAAAGAAAUCACAAAAGCGAUUAAGAGAGCUCAAAAACUUGGGUUUAUGGCAGUUACAUACAAGGAUCCUGCAUAUCUCAACGACCCUAAAAUUUGUAACGUCAAAUAUCGGGAAUAAAUUAUGUGAGGCUACCACCAAUAAAUAUUUUACAGUAAGUGGUUGUAUUUUGCCAAUAUUGACUCAAACUAAUCUUUGGGUAGAAUAGUGUUUCAGGAGUGAGAUCAGGAGUGAAGCUUUCCCUCCAUACCAGUGAAUGUUCAUUAAACACACUGUUUAUUUAAAAUGUUAGUGCUUUUUAAAAAUGUUAAUACUCAUUACAUUUUGCACACCUUGAGUAAAAGUGGUACUGUAUGAUUGUUACUUAUAUGUGGUCCCCAAAUAGCUCAUAUAGUAAUGUACGACUGAUAUUGGUUGGGACAGUAAAUAUGGAAAGGAUACCUUG